AUGUUGGUUGUACUUAACAGCGGUAUGGGAAGCUCAUUGACUGGUAAUGCUAUUCAAUACAUCUCAAAGGAAUUUGCCGUGGAUUCACAAGUUCAAAAAGCCCUGCCAAUGUCUAUGUUCCUGGUUGGCCCGAUUGUAUGGGCUCCACUCAGUGAAGAGUAUGGGCGCCGAAUCAUUGUCAUCGUGACAUUUCCUUUAUUUACGGUCUUCACAAUGGGCUGCGCCUUAGCCCCGAGUUGGUCGGCGUUUUUGGGAUUCAGACUCCUAUCAGGAAUGCUCGGAAGCUCAAUUGUGGCACUGGGUCCGGGUAUCAUAUCAGACAUAUAUCGAGAUCCCACAACCAGAGGUUGGAGCAUCGCAGUAUUUAUGGGAAGACAGGGUACUGGAUUCGGUCCUAUGCUGGGGCCUAUCGUUUCUGGAUUUGUCUCACCAGCCAUGGGCUGGCGCUGGUCUUUCUGGAUCGCUCUAAUACUUGCUGGAGUGACACUUCUCUUUGUCGCGUGGUUUCCAGAGACCUACCAGCCUGUUCUUGUGAGGAUUUAUGCUCCGAGACAUUUGCCCGAGUCUCGAAUCGAAGACCCGCAACCGUUCAAGCAAAGAAAUCGGCAGUGGAGAUCGAUCCUCCAGGGAGUUCUACUACGGCCUCUUCAUCUUCUUUUCACGGAACCCGUCGUUGCUGCCUGCUCGAUGUACUUGGCCCUUUGUUAUUCUAUCUUUUACAUGUCGUUUGCGGUCUUCCCCUACAUUUUUCAGGAAGUCUAUUCUCUAUCGCCAGGUCAGUGUGGAUUGGUUCAACUGACAAUCGGCGUCGGUUGUAUCUUGAGCCUACCGAUCUAUUGGGCAUACGAGCGGAUUUUGCUCGGAAUUGUUGACAUUUCUUUGGCACGCAACAAGCAAGAACUUCAUCGCUUACCACUUGCAUGUCUGGGUGGUCCAUUAUUCGUGAUAUCACUCUUUUGGCUUGGGUGGUCUUCUCGUGAAGACGUUUCCUUCGCAGUACCUAUGAUGGCUGGUAUCCCCUUCGGGAUAGGCUUCAUGUGUGUCUUUAUUGCAGUUCUGUAUUUUUCCCUCCACUUGAUAAAGUCUGUUAAGUAUACGCUGAUCAAUGAACGAACCAGGAAUUAUAUCACUGACGCUUAUCGACUCUUUGCCGCAUCUGCUAAUGCUGCUUCAAGUUGCAGUCGUUCAUUCUUCGCAACAUUUCUGCCCCUUGCCAGUUACCCUAUGCUCUCACAACUUGGGAUAACCGGAGCUUGCAGUUUACUGGGUGGACUCAGUGCAUUAAUGUCCGUUGUUCCAUUUGUCUUGAUAUGGAAAGGCGAAGCUAUCCGCUCCCGGUCACGUUUCUGCAAUGCCCUGAAGAGCGGCGAUGAUGACCCUGAGGUCACACAUGUGAACCGCAAUCCAGUGGAGGAGUUGGUGGUCUGA